AUGCCGUACUUCGACGCACCGUCGCUCUCCACCUCGAGGGAGUUGAUCAGCGGGAUGACCAGUGCGGUGAACAGCGCCUUGCCCAGUGCGAUGAACAGCGCUGUCAGCAAUCAACGGCGCAUUUCGAACCUGACUGGCGGUGACUCGAGCUCUACGGGGGCGCCUCCGUCCAGCAUGACCUCCCGCCCCUGGGCGACCGCCUACCUGGGCCGCGAAGAGGAGCUCGACCACGCCGCGGUGGUCAACAACAAUUACGACUCGCAGGCCACCUUGAAGGAGAAUACCGGACAGACCCCCAGCCCCGAGGCUGUAGCCGUGCCGUCGACCACCGUCACCAUCGCCUCCGUCUCGAAUGCCGUCACGGCGGUCUCGCUCGCGGCGCACGAGAACUUGGUGCAGUGGCGUCGCCCGGUGCGGCCGGUGGUGUUUCGUGAGUGGUACAUCUCCCGCUACUGCAAUGAGCAGCAGGUGCGGUGGAUAGAGAAGAUGCAGCACAUCUUUCGCCCCGUCGAGCCCCUUCUCGUGCGCUACUUUCAGCUGUGGAGCCUCACCGGCGAGGCGGAGUUCUUCACGCUUUUCAUCCCGACAGUGGUCUGGCUCGGCACCCCGCUCGACGGCGUCCAAAUCGCCUCGCUGCUCUGCAUGGGGCAGUACGUGACGGGCACGUUGAAGGACUCGGUGUGCUGCCCGCGCCCGCCGUGCCCACCGCUGGAGCUGCGGGGCAAGCGCGAGACGCACGACAGAGAGUACGGCUUCCCCAGCACCCACUCAAGCCACAGUGGCGUCUUCUCAUACUUCCUCUACUGCGAGCUGCUGCGGCUGUUUCCGGACCACGCCUUCCUCUGUUGGCUCGCCGCCGUGUACUACUUCGCCAACGUGAGCUUUUCGCGCGUCUACCUGGGUAUGCAUUGGAUUGGCGACCUCAUCGGCGGCUGGGUGGUCGCCUUCCUCAGCAUCCUCUUUCACGUGGCGUUCUUAGAUCGGUGGGAGUCCUACGUGCUGUGCUGGAGCCACCCACCGUGGUGGGCCUUCCUGCUCUUGUACAUCACCUUCCACCUCCUCGCUAUGGCCCACGCCACCCCGCACGACCCGUGUCCGUGCUACGUGGACAGUAUGCGCUUCACCGGUGUCAUGACGGGGGCCUGCCUGGGCUUCUGGUGGUUCUACACCAUCUACGGUACCCUGUCCGCGCGGCAGAAGCCGGAACACCUGUGGGACGUCCUCUUCUCCUGGGGCUUCCUCACACAGUGGGUGAUCUGCAUGGUGCUUGUGUUUGCGUGCAAGGAGCUUUCUUCGAUCAUCGCAGAGAAGCUGCUAAAGGUCAUGUUUAAGGCGCUGGCGGGCGCGUACGCGUCGAAGGCGCCACGAAUGCUUCGUAAUGCCUACCUGGCGGUGGCGAGGGCGGUCGGCUUGGUAACGCAGGGAAAUGAAAAGGGCACGCGACGCUACAUUCCGUUUACUGCCAACAACUCCUUCUCGUUUAUGCGCGACGGCAGCUUCGGCGACCUGUCGGGUAACGACAGUACCACCGGCAACACCAAUACCAAUAGCAGCGGCGCAGCCGCGGUGGCGGUCGUGUCAAACCCGGUGCGAGGAGAGACGGCGCCGGUGGAGGAGCCGGAUGGCUACCUAAUCAGUCAGCAGGUGUGGUCGCUGCGUACGCACCGGCAUUGGUGGCUGUGGGAAGUCCACAAGCGCAGCGUCUCGUACGCCGUCACAGGCUUUAUGAUUUCGUUCGUGUGCCAGAUAAUCUUGCGGGAGUUAUUUGCGGUAGGGAAGUCGACAGGGGCGGCUACGGCGGCGCCAAAAACGUAG